GUGAUACGCGCGGUGCAUCUACCCGCGAACCAGAACAAACUUUCCCCAUCGAAACUUCCCAUUCAAUUGGCAUUACGUAAUCGUUUUUUCUCCUACAAUCGCGACGGAGCGUACCUCUUUUGUCUACUCAAUUGAAUUGCUUAAUUAUUUCUGCGAUUUUUUUUUUAUUUUCAAUUUGGGGAAGGGAAGUUACGGGCUGGAAUGAAGGAGUAGGAGAAACGAUUAUUAUCGAAAAGAAUUGCGAUCGAAAGAACGAUACCGGAAUGGCGCCGAUCAAACGCAAGAGCCCGCAUGAUGAACCGCAGCCCCAGCGUCGCGCGACUAGACGACAUCCUGUUGAGGAGCCGGAGAAGAAACAAUUGAGGAGCGGGCGUGUGCGUGGUGUCAGCGAUGCGGCGGAGAAACCGUACUUGCUCACCGCUACUGUGCCGAAGCAGAGGGAUGCUGAGGAGGCGCGGGGCAGACGGGGGAGCGACGCGUCGGGGAAGAAGGCGAGGGUUGGGAGACCGCCGGAGAGGAAGCAGGGUGAUGGUGGUAAUAAUAUAGCGGCGAAUGCGAAUGCGAAUGUAGCUGUGAAACGAAAUGGUACAAGGAGGUCGUGGAAGGAGAAUGUUGAUCCGAAUGAAAGUCAAGAUGAGCUGCAGGAAGACGUCACGGUGGAGGCUCCGGUACGACGCUUGACGCAAGAUACGGUUAAUGUGAGGGCGUCGACGGAUUCGCUGCCGGCGCCGCAGACUAGACUUGUGCCGUCGAAGGCAGCGCAAGGGUUGAGAGCUACGGGGACGAAUCAUCUUGCCGAUACAACUCCUACUACGACGACAACUUCUACGCCGAAGCGUGUAACCGCUUCGCCUGUGGAUAAACCACCGAAACCGCCGCCUACCCCGCGCUCCGAUCGGAAUAUUGAUAUGGUCGUGCUAGGCGAUAUAUGUUUCAAGGCGUGGUACCCCUCGUACUACGGGAAAGAAGUUACGGGCGAUGUGUCCAAUAAUAAUAAUACGGUAGGCGCGAAAGGUGGUGGGAAGAUAGGGGGUAGGAUGGGGGGAGGCAAGAGAGCGCCACCGCCUAUGCUGGAGAGAUUGUAUGUCUGUCCGUGCUGCUUUAAGUAUAGUCGGGAGUUGGUUAUGUGGUGGGAGCAUGUUAGGUGUUGCGAGAAGAGUUACGUAUUGCCUGGAAGGAGGGUGUAUACACAUCCGAAGGGCGCGAAGAUGGGGGUGAGGGUUCCUGCGGUUGUGGAUGGGGCGGCGGGGAGGAAGGGGAAGAGGAAGAGUGAUGUUAGUGUUGAGUUGAAUGCUGAAGAACAACCCAACAAUGAGGGGGAAUGGAGUAUUUUGGAGGUCGAUGGGGAUAAAGAUAGGCUUUUUUGCCAGAAUUUAUCCCUGUUCGCGAAGCUCUUCCUAGAUAACAAAUCGGUCUUCUUCGACGUAACGGGGUUUAACUACUUCCUCCUGGUCUACACGCCUCCGCCCUCGUCCAACACACAACCCCCCUCCGCGCUCGCAACCGCAGACACGAACCACACCGCUCCUACAUCUACUACGACAAAUUCUACAAUUCCCCAACAAUCAUCGAUUGCAGCAUGUGAAGCAGGCUCGCGAGUAGUAGGCUUCUUCUCCAAGGAAAAGCUCAGUUGGGAUAACAAUAAUCUGGCUUGUAUCCUCGUCUUUCCACCAUGGCAGCGGAAAGGUCUUGGCUCGCUGCUCAUGGGCGUUUCAUACGAGAUCUCCCGUCGUGAAGGCGUUCUCGGUGGUCCUGAGAAACCUAUCUCUGAGCUAGGUCGUAAGGGGUACAAGCGUUUCUGGGCAGGCGAAAUCGCGCGGUGGUUACUAGAUUAUGAUCUACCUACUGCCAGCCCAGACGACGAGAAGGCGACGGAGACAUUGAUUAGUAUCGAGCAGUGCUCCAAGGCUACUUGGAUUGUGCCAGAGGACUGUCUGGCUGUGCUUAGAGAGAUGGGGAUUGUGGAGGAUGCGGGGGUGGGUCCUGCUGAGGUCACACCUAGUGAAGCGGAGAACGGUACCACCGCAGCUGAUGAGGGAGAGGAGGAAGAGGAGGAAGUGAGGGAAGUUAAGAUGGUGCCUCGUGUUAGGCUCGAUAAGGAAGCUCUUAGGCGCUGGGUUGAGGCGAAUAAGAUCGAACUUACGCUGCCGUGUGAUCCUGAGGGGUUUGUUGAGGGGUAUGCGGUUAGGAAGAGUGAGGGUGAGGAGGUUGAUGAGGGAUAGUUCUGCAAGGCCAACAAGAGGUUAGUGAUAUGGAAGAUUGAGGGAGAGAACAGUGGUUUUGAAGAACAUGUCUAUAGUUGAAGUAGUAGGAGGAGAGGAUGCAUACAGCGAGAGCGAGAGAUACCCCCCGUGGCCUUAGGCGAUUAGCUUAGGGUACGAUAAUUGAAAUUAACAGCGUUAUUUUUUCACA